AACAAAAAUGGCACAUGAGGCGUGAUUGCCUGAGAUCUCCUGUGAAAGUACCGAAAGCGAAACUGCUCCACGGUGUUGCGGACAUUUAUCUCUUUGACACAGACGUAACACGAACCGUUGUCCUCCCUGACUCGGGCAUGGCACUGCAAAUGUCAGCUCUGUUUUCACAUAUCCGAGCCCCUCUGUCCACCGGCCCUCUGAGCCGUAUCCGCGCUGACUUCCAGGGAGCCGGUGUCAAGUUCAAACACAUUUUAUCUCCUGGAAGCCCACAGCUGGGAGGAAAGCCAGCAACAAGUCCUGUCCGCGGCCAUAUUAACGCUCCCCUCCGAGCUGAGAGGUUUUCAACGACAGCAGCAGUUUGGAAGUCCAGCCAGGGGAGCUGUCCUUCCUCACCCACGGGGAGGAGAGGGUGGCUGGGAAAGUUUGCCCUCGGUGCCGCUCUCGGAGUGAGCACUGCCACCUUGGUCCAGUGUCUCCACACCGGAACCCUCACCGCCAUGGCCCAGAAAGUUAACCUGAACUCGGCUGAAGGAGAGUGGAAGGAGACCAAGGAGUUUCUGCUGUCUCUGGCAGUGAAGGACAGGCGUCAGUACUACAGGACUUCCAGCUCUGUGCCCCUCGAGGACAUCCCUUUGUGGACCCCUGCUGCAGGUGGUACUGGUAAACCUGUGCACCAGAGAAAUGAGAAGCUGGACCAGAAGAUUUCCCUUUACAGCGGUGACAUCACCAAGCUGGAGAUAGACGCUAUCGUCAAUGCCGCCAAUAAGACUCUGCUUGGAGGAGGCGGAGUGGAUGGAGCGAUCCACCGUGCUGCAGGUCCCCUGCUAAAAAAGGAGUGUGCCUCUCUCCAGGGCUGUGAGACCGGAGAGGCAAAGAUCACUUGUGGCUACGGGCUCCCAGCAAAGUAUGUGAUUCACACAGUGGGGCCGAUUGCACAAGGAGGAGUUGGAGAGGUGGAGAGAAAAGCCUUGAGGUCGUGCUACAAAAACAGCCUGACAACAGCCACCAGAAACGGCGCUCGCUCUGUGGCUUUCCCUUGCAUCUCCACUGGAAUCUACGGAUAUCCACCCGAGCAGGCUGUGCACGAGGCGUUGGCGACUGUGAGGGAGUAUCUGGAUGAACAUCACGACAAGCUGGACAGAGUCAUCUUCUGUGUGUUCUUGCCGACGGAUAAGGAGCUGUAUCUGCAGAAUCUCCCGCUCUACUUCCCUGCUGCUUGACCAGACACCACAGCUCAUCCUUCAGGUAAUCAGCAUGAGGCCACAGUGAAGAGUAAACUGUGAGAGUGGGCUUGUCAGGUCUGGUUUCUGUGGAAACGCAUCGCUAUAUUCAGCAUCCAGAUUGCUCCUCUUCGCCGUCCUUACAGAUCGAGACCUCCUCCUGCAUGACGAUGACUCCUGAAUAGAUGAUUUCUUCUCCACUGCACAUAGGCUCUUCUGCAGAUCAUUUUCUUUGUGUUUCCCACUAAUAGUUAAGGAUAUGAUAGACAUCAUGCAAUGGUGUGGAAUAAUAAGAUCAUUCUUGUAAAAACAGACCUGUAGUUGCACCUUAACUUGACCCUUAUUGUUUCAGAGCAGUCAUAGCUUUGCAACUAGCUCUUUUAAGGAUUCCAGGGUGUGCAUGAGUGCAAGACGAUGACAAAAGCUCAUUAAAACGAUUCACACAGGC